AUGUCUGUUCGCCGUAUUGCCCAGAUCGUGCAUCUCAAACCCUCCGCCGUGGCAGCAUACAAGGAAUGCCACGCUAAUGUCUGGCCGGAGGUUCUGCAACAGAUCGAGGACUGCAACAUUAAGGAUUACUCGAUCUUUUUCGAUAAUGACCGCACCCUCUUCGCCACUUUCAAGUACGUCGGAACAGACUUCGAGGGCGAUAUGGAGCUCAUGCGAUCGAACCCCAAGGUGAGGGAGUGGUGGAGCAUGACCGAUGGAAUGCAGGAGAGUCCUAUUCCUGGUGCUACAGGUAGUGCCGAUGGACCUGGAUGGUGGAAGGCUUUGGAUGAAGUAUUCUAUAAAGAGUGA